AUGUCAGGGUAUGGAUCUUCUGGACAAGUACAACUGAAUUACGCUGAAUUUGCCGAAAAUUAUAUGGCUCAUUUUGCAAUUCCUGCGCUUAAUACAUGCCUCCAUGUCCUUGAUGGAUACCGAAGUGGUAGUUAUGUGUCUCCACGAGUUUUGCAUUCAUUGCUCCAGUACAUCGAUACGGCCGUUUCGCAGUCACGUACGUGGAAAAUUAUCAAACCGCAUUGUCAGGUGAAUCGUAAACAUUCCUCUCUCAUUUAUGUGUUCUAA